AACCAUUGGAAUUAAUAAAGAGAAUAGCAAAAGCGGCCUCUCUCCUCCUCUCAUCCUCUUUCCUCUUCGAAGCGAGACCAGGGACGGCUCUACCAAUAUCGCGCCGCUUCGCUUCUCAAGUUCUCACUCCACUCACCUUACAACCCAACCCCUAUAUUUUCUUUUUCUUGUUUUUGUCUGGAAAAAGGGAAUUGUAAUAAGUGUUUUGAUGAGCGAAGAAGAUGGAAAUACAAACUUGUGGGAAACCAAUAGACUCAUUGCUGGAGAAGGUGCUUUGUAUGAACAUUCUAUCUUCUGAUUAUUUUAAAGAGCUUUACCGGUUGAAGACUUACCAUGAGGUCAUUGACGAAAUCUACAACCAAGUUGAUCACGUCGAGCCUUGGAUGACCGGAAACUGCCGUGGUCCUUCCACCGCCUUUUGCCUUCUCUACAAGUUCUUCACUAUGAAACUCACUGUCAAGCAGAUGCACGGUCUCUUGAAGCACACUGAUUCCCCCUACAUCAGAGCGGUAUGUGUUCAUGUAUUUUACAAACCAAGGUUGGAGUUUCCUUAUUUCUUUGAGUUACUGAGACUUUCAGUUUCAGAAGCUAAGGUUGGAUUCCUCUAUUUGAGGUAUGCUGCGGAUCCAAAGACUCUGUGGAGUUGGUUUGAACCAUAUGUCAAAGACGAAGAGGAAUUCUCUCCUGGAUCCAGUGGACGAAUGACUACAAUGGGUGCAUAUGUGCGCGAUUUGCUUCUUGGACAGUAUUACUUCGAUACCCUCUUUCCGCGAAUUCCUGUUCCUGUAAUGCGCCAGGUUACUGCUAAUCUUGAUAAGAUGAAUCUUCCAUCCAAGCAUUCGGGUGUGACAGGAGAUACCACCCGGCAUGGAUCUGAUGAUACUGCUCGACGUCCUCCAUCAGUGAAAGCUGCUCUUUCUGUCUCUUUUGGUCAGCGUGCUCCUCAUCGUGCCUCAACUAGGGAUUCCUCACCUGUUCGUCGCACUCUUCCACCACCUCCUCCUUAUGACAGAUCCACCACUGAGGAUGUACGAAGCCGACGCAGCCAGAGUCGUGAAUAUUCUGACAGAGAGCAUCGUGACAGGGAUAAUGAAAGGGACCGGAAUAGAGACAGGGAUAAUGAAAGGGAACGGAAUAGAGACAGAGAUAAGGAAAGAGACCGGGAGCGUGAUCGUGAUCGUGAAAGGGACAGAGAUAGGGACCGAGAAAGGUACAAGGAGAGGGAGCGUGAUCGGAUCAAGGAGAGAGACAGGGACAGAGAAAGAGAUAGGGACAGAGACAGGGUCAGGGUCAGGGACAGAGAAAGAGAAGGGGAUAGAGAAUCCAGCUAUGAUUAUGAUCGUAGGUCCAGAUAUGGAGAAAGAGAAGGCCGAAGGGACUAUGAGAAAAGUGACCGUGAUGGUAGCAGACAUUAUCGCAGUAGAAGCCGGAGCCGCAGUCGAAGCAGGAGUAGAAGUCAUAGCUUGCAAACUGCAGCUGUGCCUUAUUCAAGCCCACAGAGAGAUGCGAACAAGGAAAGGACAUCAGCAUCUAGCAACCUAGCCAAGCUUAGGAACAUGUACGGUGAUUUAGGCAGUCAAAAAGGGGAUGGUGGUACGGACAGGGCUACUGGAAGCAGCAAUGGUGGUGAAGAGGUUAUUAGACUUGGUGGUUCUUCUUGGAAAUAGUUGAAAGAGUUUCGAUAGCCAUUUCUUUAUCAUUGUGUUAUCUUCAUUCAGGAUCAAGAUAGCUAAUGAAGUCUUUCUUGAUUCUCAUUGGCCCCUCGUAUUUUUCUCUUUAAAAGUAGUCGAAGAACAAAAAAAAAGUAAAGACAAUUUGGUAUUAGGGGGAUGAGUAAUGUACCAAAACAUGUAUACUAGAUUUUUUAAUUAUUAUUUUAUAUUGAGAACCUCGUAUAUUUGGACAGUCCUUAAA